UGAGUAAAGAAAAUCUAUCUAGUUAUUGUCUCAGAAAGAAAAAUUCAAUUUAUAGGAGAUAGAUAGAUAGAUAAGAAAUUGAUUUGUAAUGGUGAGGCUUUUGAAAAAAGCUUCAGACAAUGUGAUCUCUUGUACAAUAUGUCUGGUUUGUUUUAUCCAUAAAAAAAUAACAAUAAUAAAGCUGGGUCCUUUAAUUUUUUAUUUAUCCAAAUGUUAGUAUUUCAGAGAAAACAACAUAAAUAGACGAAAGUGGUCAUCUCGGAUGUUCCUUUUUCCGACCAGUCGAUGAUUGUUUUGGUCAACGUUUCAAAGAGACGUCUUUUGUUGCUUCUUCGCUAUUUGCGCCAUUGAUUUGGUGAAGAGAAGACCAGAAACAGAGAGAGAGAUUCGCAUUCCAUUUCCUUCCUUGCAGAAAAUCCAAGAUAAAAUGGGUGAUACGGAUACCAAUAUGAUGCAGAGAGCUAAUUCAUCGUCUGGUACUUCGUCUUCGUCGAUCCCAAAACAACAGUCGGUGACGGUGCCGAUUAAUCAGCACUUGAGUCCUGCUCUUAUCCGCUCCCCGCACUUCCGACAGCCUUUCGGCGGCGGUAAUAACGGCGCCGGUAAUAGAGUCGGAGCUCCGCCGCCGAUUCCCCCCAUUUCUCCCUACUCUCAGAUCCCGGCGACCUUACAGCCCAGACAUUCCCGGUCUAUGUCGCAACCGUCCUCCUUCUUCUCCUUCGAUUCCUUGCCGCCGUUAAAGCCCACUCCGCCGAUGGAGGAGAGAACCGGCGCCGGGUUCAGCCCUUCGCUGCCUCCGUCACCGUUCACGAUGUGUCAUUCGAGCUCUAGGAUCACCGGCGAUGGCGAGAAUCUACCGCCGAGAAAGUCUCAUAGGCGUUCGAACAGCGAUGUGACAUUUGGGUUUAGUUCGAUGAUGGGUCAGAGUCAGAAGUCGCCUCCUUUGAUCCCCGCGAGGUCUUUAGAGAGAUCCAUCUCCGGCGGAGGAGAGGUAUCGGAUUGGUCUAAUCUGGUCAAGGAAGAGCCAAGAGAAGGCUUCCUCAGGGGAAGAAAACCAGAGACUGAAGCUAUGGACGAUGUUUUCACGGCUUAUAUGAAUCUUGAUAACAUUGAUGUCUUGAAUUCUUUCGGAGGUGGUGAAGAUGGCAAGACUAGUAAUGAGAACGUGGAGGAGAUGGAGAGCAGCAGAGGCAGCGGCACGAGGAAGACGAAUGGUGGAAGUUGCAGUGAUUCUGAAGGAGAGAGCAGUGCGUGUGGGAACGUUAAGGUUGCUGUGGCGGCGAGCUCUUCAGGCGUGAAGAGAAGAGCCGGCGGAGAUAUUGCUCCGACUAGUAGACAUUACCGGAGUGUUUCAAUGGACAGUUGUUUCAUGGGGAAAUUGAAUUUCGGUGAUGAAAAGCUUCCGCCUUCAUCAUCAGCAAAAGUUUCCCCGACCAAUUCAGGGGAAGGGAAUUCGAGUGCUUAUAGUGUAGAGUUUGGAAACAGUGAGUUUUCUGCAGCUGAAAUGAAGAAGAUUGCAGCUGAUGAGAAACUAGCCGAGAUUGUGAUGGCUGACCCUAAGCGUGUGAAAAGAAUCUUGGCGAACCGUGUAUCUGCUGCACGCUCAAAGGAGCGGAAGACGAGAUACAUGGCAGAGUUAGAACACAAGGUGCAGACGCUGCAGACCGAAGCUACUACAUUAUCAGCCCAGCUCACACAUUUGCAGAGAGAUUCAAUGGGGUUGACAAACCAGAACAGUGAACUCAAGUUUCGUCUUCAAGCUAUGGAGCAACAGGCACAACUCCGGGAUGCUCUGUCUGAGAAACUGACUGAAGAAGUGCAGCGACUGAAACUGGUGAUUGGCGAGCCGAGCCGCAGCAGUGGAUCAAAGACAUCACUAAACCCGGAGAUGUUUCAGCAGCUUAGUAUUAGCCAGUUACAGCAACAGCAGAUGCAGCAUUCCAAUCAGAAUAGCACCAUGAGAGCAAAGCACACAUCAAAUGAAUAGAGUAAGAACUGUGAUCCGCAGUUUACAUAUAUAUGAUAAUCGUUUUAUGUGCAGAGUCUGUUUUUGCAUAUUCUAAAGAAACAUAUAAAUAGUAUGUCCGGGUAAUUCGAUCAUCAUAUACCCUGAAACAGAGACAAAUAUAUAUAGAUAGUGGUAAUGGAGGCUCUGCUUCUGGACAGUGUUCUUUUUUGGACGUUUUGGUCUUAAUACAGUUCGGACUUCAUUUCCCUUUCGAUUUGGAUUUUCAUUUGUAGUUCUCUGA